AUGAAACGCAGAUUAAAAUAUAGCAAAUCUAUAGUUUUCAUAGGUAAACAAAAAUCAGCUCUCUUAAAUUAUAUUUUGGCUAAAUUUAAUAAUCAAGAAGAAAAAUAUAUUGGAUCUUCUCUAUUUCUACUUAAAACUAUUUUUUUUUGAUUUCUUAUCAUUGUUUAUACUAAUUAUCAACUUUUCCAAUUGAUUCAAUAUUUCUUUAGCAAAUCUUAUGUCUUUUAUUAUUAUCUUUUAAAUUUUUGGUUUUUUAUAAAUUCAUUGCAAUUAAAGCGCAUCAAAUGUGAAGAUAUUGAUUGAGUUUUAUAA